AUGUUUAAAAUUCCUAAUGAGGGGGGGCGGGUCGGCGCGUUUCCUGCUGUCACUCUCAUUCUGGAACCUGGAACCUGGAACCGAACCGGCUCUGUCGCUGCCGCUACCUCUUCUCCGCCAGCCUCAACAUCAAGCCAGGGCAGCGGGAUUGGCUCCAGUCGCGACACUCCCGACAGUGCAACCCAAUCUCGGGCCGACAAGCGUCGCUUUAACGAGCUUUUAAACGAUGGGCAGGAUUCGACACCCAAUGCGAUCAACCAGCUAGGCAAAAAGCCACUCGGCCGACCACCCCAUCCUCCACCUGCAUUCGCACCUGCACCGAAACGAGCUCGGGGUCGUCCGAGAAAGACAGACGAGGAGAAGGAGAAGACGGCCAAAGCCCAGGCAAAACAAGCAGAAGAGAAAGCAGCAAAGAAAGGACAAGAUGAAGAACAAGCAAGGCAACGAGAGGAGGCAAAACGAAGCAGGCUGGAAGUGGAGCGAGCCCCACAGCGCCAAAUCGUCUUGGACGAGCAGACUCAGAGGAUGCUGGUCAAUUGUUGAAGCUCGAUGUGUGGUAGCCUAGUGUGAUGACCAACCUUCAAUCCUGUUACAUUUCGGGCUGACCUGGGGUUAUUACAAUAUUCCACCCUCGCAGUUUCCCCCUGCAAAAACGUACACCGUGAGUUUCGUAGACCAGUGUCUUGUCCGUGGGCCGCACAAAGUCUUACGCAUAUCAAUGGCUAUCAACUCCAGAAACAGACAACUCUCAGCUUUUGCGCAAGCAUCCAGUUUAAGUUCGUCUUCAGCUUCAAACCCUUCGUUCGCCGUGCCUUCCGGAUCCGGUGCCCCGCACUCGACCGACCCCAAUCUGCCCUCGAUGCCGGUAUCGGCGAACUCGGCAGUCCCCCCGGGAGGCGGCUCAAAAGUCCAACAACAUCGAACCCUAUUGCGUCGAGAGUGGCGCUUUCCGUUUCGAGCCCCUCAAAUGGUCGCCGCGGAAUUUGCUGCACAAGAACAUGGGACGAACGCUUCAGCAGAUGCAAACCCAGCUGCCAGCCGAUCGCAAACUCCGUCACACCUGGCUUGCAAAACGCCAAGGUAUUCGGUUUGCGGUAUUGCACGUUCACACACCAAUCGAACGAGCGCUGUACAAGCAUAUCUUGUCCCAUCUGGAACUAUCAACUUCUCGAGACCAACGAGCCAUCUGACUCGCCGAGCGCUGGAACGCUUAUGCCAACGGCAUUGAUAUAUUUUACGAAGUUAGUCGCUAUUUCGUUGUGCCUCUGAACUUAAGACCGAGCUGAGUGCUUGAAAAUUUAUACGUAGAUGCCAGAACACAUCAGUAGUUGGGGAACCAGAUGGACGUCUCUGGGCAAUGCUCAAGCUACAAUGAAUCUGGCCGAGAACGACGUCAAAGCGACCCAAGCGAUGAUCACCGACCCCUCUGUAAGGCGCCGCUCCGCUUACGCCUCACGACGACCUCGAGCCAACCGGCCUCAGCACGCUUGCCCUCGCGCGCGGCGCCGCCGCGUCUCUUGACCUUAGUCCUUUUAGUAGUCUUUCUUCGCCUGCGAAUUACACCGUUUGAUCCUUUCAGUUUGGACUCGGAAUCAGUGAGGCUCGAGAGCGAUCUCGUGCCUUUCACCCUCCCGCGGUCGCAAUGUCAGCCCGCCGCCCGCCAAGCCGUUGCUCGGCCACAAACCUCCGGUCUCGGGGAUGCUCACGGAUGCAGAGGUCGAAGCGUCCAAUCCUCAAACAUCAUUCAUCCGCCCAUCCGGGGCGAUGGACACAAACAACAAUGGUCCAUGUGCAGGGAUUGCUACCAGUGGCAGUUCAGUGAGCGUAGUCACCGGGAAAGUAAUGCGGCGCUGUCGGUUCUGCGGUCAAGCCUCUUGCAAGUUCAAGGGAUCAGCGUCAGCCCGACAGGGAUCGGAGAUUCUGUGUGAAAACCCAUGUGUGGAUUGCGGGAAGAUGUAUGGCUUGAGUGAAGAGAGGGAUCCGAAUAACCCAGAAUCGCCGAGGUUUUGCAAGGGGCUGACCACGGCUGAGAUGGGUGGUCGAGCUCGGUAUAAGAAGAAGUGUCAUAAUCAUAAACCGCUGUGA